AUGAAUCUCUCACUUGACAAAACGUUGGAUUCCCUUGCUUCCACGAUUCACACCAAGGCACUUGAUCCCGACAUUCUCUACUCUUUUCCUUCUAUGGGCAUGCUUCCCGGAAUGCCUCUAUUCUUCUCCAACACCCUGUUCCCACCAGCGAUCGCAAUUUCUUUGAUUCAACAGAAGCUCAAGGAUUUUCAGACUCGGCAAGAGAUGAUCAGCUCUGAUUCCACUAGCCCAAAAGCCUCAACUUCGAGAUCUCUUGAAACCGGACUCUCGAAAAUUGCUUCAAUUACUCCAAAAUCAGCAGUAACAUCCGUUUUUAAGAACGAAAAUGAUUCAUUCACUAAAAAUGAAUCAAAAGCUAGUGAUGAAGCUAUUGGAAUUUACGCACACAUUCUCGAUGAAGCGCCCGUCAAGAAGCUCACCUAUUCGCCUUGUUCUCCUACGAGAAAUCGUUACGGGAGGAUCUACGUCUCGGGACGGCCACUCGUUAUGAAGGAUCGCUUGAAAAUUGUGGAGUUGCAUCAAAAGGGCUACAAGAAAAUCAACAUCGCAAAAGAGCUCGGCGUUACGCAUAGCUGCGUGAGCAAGGUGUUGCGCAGAUAUUUGGAAACCGGUAGCGUUGAGGCAAAGAACGUAAAGGAAACAAAAAAACAACGAAAAAAGCGAGAAUUCGAAAACGAUCUAAUAACGAUUGAGCCAGUGCAUGAAAAGAAGAAAAUGCUUAGUUUUACGAUUGAGAAG